AUGGCGUCCUUGGCGAGCCGAGGAUAUUUUGCCAAAAGUGGGGAUGCGCGCAAGGUCGGUCAGGGCCCAUCCCAGCCGCAGCGGCUGUUUGGAGACCGAGGAAAUCGGAGGGGUGCAGGAGCGGGGGCUUCAGAGUUGGUCCCUCUAGACGUCGCAUUGAGCUUUCUACGGGCACUUGAGAGAGGGUAUGUGAAGGCUGAUGAAUCCGCGAUCUCGGAUUUCUUCCAAAGCCUUUGUCCACUGGAACACUUGCAGAGUCUCUUCGAGAUCCAUCAGCUCUUUGUGCAGUCGGAGGAUCCGGCUAGGUUGAUACGGCGAAUCCUUCGCGUGUGGGAGAUGGAGAGCGCAGAUGAUCCAAAGGCGAAGGUUUCCACGGUGCUGCCGCAACAGCAUGCGGUGCUAGACGCCACCUUCCGUACCCGCCGUGAUGGUGGGUCUUCAGUCCCCUGCUGGACCUCCACACAGGAGCCUAUUUCUUGCAAUGCAGGCCCUCUGACCAGCAUCACAGCCGGGCGUGCAGCGGAGGAGAGCAGCUGGAAAGCAUCGAUCUCGGUGUGGAGGACGCAUUCCUCAGCCAGCCCUAGUUCGAGCGGAUCGACCGGUUCGCAGAGUCAACGUGGGAGAGGCUAUGGCAGUUUGGGUGUAUUGGACCCCUUCUUUGCAUAUGUGGAAGGACACUUGGAGCAGAUCAAAAGUGGCCCUCCGGUUUGGCCUAUGCCUUCCAACUGGCAGGCCGGAUGGUUUCGGGCUCCGAACCGCUACAAGCUCAGGGACGGUGAGUGGAAAACCAAAUCCGUGGAACACCACGAGGUCAUGACUGCUGGUGAAGCCACAGCACUUUGGCGUUUUGAGUUCAUUUUGGCGCACAUGCGGCGUCAGUUGAGUGGCCAGCGGCGACUCUGCGCUGAUGGGCGCAGGGUCUCAGCCAGGCGCAUGGGGCGUCUUGGGCCCAGCAGAGAAGAGAUAAAAAAACGGACCAGCUACGCCUUCAUUUGGCAGGGCUACGACGACUUUAGCUGGAUGAUGCCAAAAGGCAAAGGCUUCGGCAAGGAUUUCGGAAAGGCCGCGAUGAUGAUGUCGAUGAUGUCCAUGAUGAUGAAGGGCAAAGGAAAGGGUGGCCCACCUGCCAUGAAGGGAGGAUCAUCCCAUGGGAAAGGAUCGGCAAGUCCGUCGGCGGAAUCCGAGGUGGUCUUUGUGGGCGGCCUGCCCAAGGAUUGCACGGAGGACGCCAUUGCCAUGCAUUUCUCACAGUUCGGAACCGUCCAGAAGGUUGACAUGAAGUACGAUCCAGCCACCAAUGGGUUCCGCGGCUUUUGCUUCGUUACUCUUGGAUCAGUUGCGGAAGCCCAGGCUGUUUUCGCCAACUACGACAACAACAUGUUCAAUGGCAGAUGGAUAGACUGCAAGCCUGCAGCACUGGGAAAGAUGGCGCAGAUGUCCGGGGAUCCGGCGUCCGUGCAACCGAUGAUCCCAACCGAGAGGGCGGGUCCAACUCCCACGGGGACCACGCUUCGUGCUCGAGGUUUGCCCUUCUCCGCCACCAAAGAGCAGGUGGAGGAGUUCUUUGCAGGCUAUGGCAUGACUGGCAGAUUUCACCACAAGGUUGACAUGAUGGGCCGCCCAUCGGGUGAAGCAUUUGUGGAGUUUGUUAGCAACGAUGAGGCCGUUAGAGCAUUUAACGACAGAAACUUCCAAAUGAUGGGCACUAGAUAUAUCGAGCUCAUGGGUGCUAGUGACAAGGACGUUCAAAUGUACCUUGAUAACAACGGCAAAGGAGCUCAAAGUAGCUAUGGUCCCAUGAAAGGAGGCAAGGGCUUCAAGGGGCCAUCACCAUACGACAUGAUGUCAGCUUUCUUCGGCUACUAA